CAAGUCAAAUGAAAAUGGGAAUUCUUCACAUUGCUUCCCAGUAUGUUCAAUGUAUUCAUUGUCCUGGAAGAGGAGGUUGCGAUGGAAAACGUGGGAGACUUUACAAACGCAUUCAUUGUCCUCUUUCAAGAAAGAAUAAAUGAGGAGUAUAACGAGUUAAAAUACAUGUUUGUGUUUAUUCAGAAGGUCUUCUUGAACUUUGGGACUGAGAGCAGCAGAAAAGUGCAAAGUCUGAGGAUCAAGUUAUUGUAAAUUGCAUCUGAAGGAUUUGACCAAAUCAAGAUGCUGCUGAUCAUCGAAGCUCUUCUUCUCAUCUCAGCUGCUCUAGAACAGGGCCACAGAGCUGCUGCUGAAGGACUGAUCUAUCCAUUCAACAUGGCACUGAAUUCAGUUGAUGACCAGUAUGAUGGAUGUACAGAAGAAAUGGCUCACCUGGUGAUGACAGAAUACUUACAGAAGGAACUCAAUAACUCAGCUGCAUUUAAAAUGGCUUGGCAAGAAGCUGAAAACAAUACUUCGGCACCCGAAGAUGACUUGACAGAGAAUCAUUUAAUCGCUAUUUACGUGUACACUGAUAAAGAAGUAUAUCGUGAGUUCAAUAACGCUGUUCGCAGAGAGAAAGAAAAAUACAAAAACAUGACAUACCCAUGGUUUUCACUUCACUUUCUGUUAACUGAGGCGAUACAGCUUCUGAAGAAAACACAGGAAGGUUGUAAGUCGACUUAUCGUGGUACAGAUGUUGAAUUUGAUAGAGAUGUUCUGAACGCAGAGGUUCGCUUCGGCUCAUUUACAUCCUCGUCUCUUAAUCGUACAGUAGCUGAAGGUUUCGGAAAUGUGUUUUGCUUUGAGAUCUACACUUGUGAAGGUGCUGAGGUGGCUAAUUAUUCGAAGUUUCCUGAUGAGGACGAGGUGCUGAUUCCUCCGUACGAGACGUUUAAAGUCACUGCUGUCAGGAACAGAACGGAUCAGAAUGAUCUCUGGUGUGAAACUGUGUUCACGUUGGAAAGCUCUGGGAAAAUCAGUGACCUGAACUGUAGGCUGUUUAACACUGGAAACCAUGUUGCUGGUUUUAGUGUUUUAAUAAUUUUAACAUCAUUUUGUAAAAUGUUUACCUGCUAACUUGCAGAUACUGUAUUUUUCCUGUUGUUGAACUUUGAAUUGCUUGUCAGAUUAACUCAGGGACAGUUGAUACAGUAGUAGCUUUUCAUAACAUGAACUGAACCGUUGGUUUUCUGAAUUUGAGUUAAAUACACUCUUUUUUUAAAUAUAUAUAGAUUUUACACCUCUGAUCUUGUUUCAUGUACACUAAAUAUAAUUUAUAUUUAUCCAGAAAGAAGGGGAGUGAAUUGUCACAUCAUGUGAUCGAUUAAAAUUUGAUUGUAUAAUUUACACAACACAACCUAAAAUACUGCGACAAUAAAUGUCAUUAAUAAAUUUAGUAGGCUAGUUAAAAACUAACUCAUUUAGGCACUUGACAAUAUACACAAAACAUAAUAAAGUGCAUAUAGAAGGCAACUAGACAGACAGGUAAGAAUAAAUCAAUAAAAUCAUGUAGCCUAAUUUAAGUUCUGAACAUUCGUAUAGUAAAAAAAAAAAAACAAAGAAAAAAAUUAAAUAAAUUCUUUAUAGUCUAAGGGCCAGUUUCUGUACAUACGGAUAUUAUAUGAUUACGAAAAAAUCUAUUUUAUAAUAGAAAAAACAUAAAGUUAUCAAACCUGCUGUUUAUUGACACUGAUUUGAGAAGAACUGUUUUUAUUAGUUGUACUUGUAUAUUAGUUUCAAUUAAAAGUCCAAUGUUCUUAACAAGUCUUUAUUAAUAAAUACUUAAUUAAAAGCAUUAACUUAACCACAACAGUUGAUAAG